AUGAAAUUUUUAGGUAGAGGUAUAGUUUCAAUUACAAUUGAGAAAAAAUGUUCAACAGAUGAUGAUUGUGAUCUUGAAUUAAUGUGUAAUAUUGAAAGUCAUAUUUGUACAUGUCCUGAACCAUAUUUUUGGCGUCAAGAUAUUCGUGCUUGUUAUGGUUGUGCGCCGGGUUGGUUAAAAUUACAAACAAAUAAAUGUCUUCUAUAUGCUAUAAGUCAUUCGUCAGGUGUUACAUGGUAUGAAGCUAAGAAAACUUGCAAAUCAUUGAUUGCUCAACCAUUGGUAAUUAAUAAUGUCAAUGAAUUUAUAGCUUUGCAAGAUCAAAUUGAAUAUUUAUUAAAUGGGAAUGAUGAAUUAGCUGCUAGUCUUUAUUUUUAUCAAGGUGCAUGGGUUCAAAUAAAUAAUGAAUGGUCUGAAUUAUAUACAUGGUGUAAUAAUGAUGAAAAAGAAGAUUUUUAUGAUUGUGUACAAAUACGACAAAAUAGUAUAACAAAUACUAUCUGUCUUCAAUAUGUUUCAUGUAUUCAACAAUCUCAGUAUAUAUGUGAAGCCUCACCUCUCGCUCAAGCUGAAUUAGAAACAAAUAUAGCCGAUGCAGAACGUUCAGAUAUAAAAAAUAGAAAUGAAGAAAUCAUGAUUAGAGCUUCAACGAAAAAACCUGCUUUAACAACUAAACGUACUACUUUACGAACAACCACAAAAACAACUUCAAAGACAACACAAAAAAAACCUGGUUUGAGUAUUAAUAAUGCUGCAGAUGCUCUCACAAAUGGAAUUAAUGCUGUCGGACAAAUUUCUAAUGCACUAGGAAAUGUAUUGGGUGGAAAUACAAAUCAAAAUUCACAGCAACCAAAUGGUGAAUAG